CGUUGCAUUGUGGGACAUUACAGCGUCGGUUUAUCAGAGUUUAACUGGGGUUCUUUGAAGGCUUCGCUGCCUGAGCAGAGAUGACCACAGCGGCGAGGCCAACGUUUGAGCCGGCGCGAGGCGGCCGCGGGAAGGGUGAGGGAGACUUGAGCGCCCUGUCUAAGCAGUACUCCAGCAGAGACCUGCCCGGACACACCAAAAUCAAAUACAGGCAGCCCACCCAGGACGCCCCUGAGGAGGUCCGUGCUCGUGACUUCCGCCGAGAGCUGGAGGAGAGAGAGAGAGCUGCUGUGAAAAACAGGGAGAGAGGACCCAGAGAACACACCACAUCAUCUUCCUCAUCUUCCUCCUCAUCAAAGCGUCCAAGAUUGGAUCAGAUUCCAGCAGCAAACCUGGAUGCAGAUGACCCUCUGACUGAUGAUGAGGAGGAGGACUCUGAGGCAGAGUCUGACAGUGACGAUGACACUGCGGCCCUGCUGGCUGAACUGGAGAAAAUCAAGAAGGAAAGAGCAGAAGAGCAGGAGAGAAAGGAGCGGGAACAGAGGGCAGAAGAGGAGAGGAUUCGUAUGGAGAACAUCCUGAGUGGGAAUCCUCUGUUGAACCUGGCUGGCCAGCAGCAACAUGUUCAGACUCAGAACACCUUCAGUGUGAAGAGGAGGUGGGAUGAUGACGUGGUUUUUAAGAACUGUGCUAAAGGUGUGGAUGAAUCCAGAAAGGAGAAACGAUUUGUCAAUGACACUCUCAGAUCAGAAUUUCACAAAAAGUUUAUGGAGAAGUAUGUGAAGUAGAUCAGCGGACUGAGAGUGUGGAGUUUAAGCUUUUCAGAUGAUUUUGGUUUCAUGUUUUUUAAGCCCCAAUAGACUGUACAGCAUACAGAUUGUCCCUGAACAUUUGGAACCCUGCCUUCUCUCUUUUUGCGUUUUGUAUUGUACUCUCUGAUUAUGUCAAUAAAAAAACAAUAAA